AGACAAAUGCCGAGCUUGGUUUCUACCUUCAAGUGAGUUUUUCACUCCAAAAGAACUCAGAUUGCUGAUUGGAUUUCCCUUCUGAAAUUUUUUUUAAAAUAGAAACAUUAUAGGAAAAACAUGUCAGAGCACAGCAGGAAUUCAGACCAAGGAGAACUCCCUGAUGAUGAGAUUGAUGAAGAUAAAAUUUUGGCCAACUUGUCACCCGAAGAGCUGAAAGAAUUGCAAUCGGAAAUGGAAGUCAUGGCCCCUGACCCCAACCUUCCCGUGGGAAUGAUUCAGAAAGAUCAAACCGACAAGCCACCGACAGGAAACUUCGACCAUAAAUCUCUUGUUGAUUAUAUGUAUUGGCAAAAGGCAUCCAGGCGCAUGCUGGAAGACGAGCGCGUUCCUGUCACCUUUGUGCACUCCGAGGAAAACACUCAAGAACAGCAUGAAGAAAUAGGCAAAGGUAAUAAAAACAUGUCCCAAUUUUUAAAAGAAAUGCUCAAUAGUGAAAUAGCUGCAAAUAAGAGAGCUUCAAAGGACAGCAACAAUGUCCAAGAAACAGGUGAUGACCAUGAUGAAGAUGAAGAUGGAGAUGAAGACGAAGAUGAUGAAGGAGAAGAUGAUGAAGAAAGUGACGACAAAACAAACACAGAUGAGGAAGAGGAAGCAAAAGAGCAAACCAGAAACUGCGAGAGCAAUUGCCAACUGGCAACAAAUAAAGCAUUAGAAGAACAGACAGCCAGACCAGAGGCCCAGGAAAAAAGUGAGAAAAAAAUAUCAAAAUUAGAUCCAAAGAAGUUAGCUCUAGAUACUAGUUUUUUGAAGGUAAGUGCAAGGCCUUCAGGAAACCAAACAGACCUGGAUGGCAGCUUGAGGCGCGUCAGACAAAAUGAUCCUGCCAUGAAGGAACUCAACCUGAACAACAUUGAAAACAUCCCCAGGGAAAUGCUCCUGGACUUUGUCAAUGCCAUGAAGAAAAACAAACACAUCAAGACGUUCAGUUUAGCGAAUGUGGGUGCCGAUGAGAAUGUAGCGUUUGCCUUGGCCAACAUGUUGCGUGAAAACAGGAGUAUUACCACGCUCAACAUCGAGUCCAAUUUCAUCACAGGUAAAGGAAUAGUGGCCAUCAUGAGGUGUCUCCAGUUUAACGAGACACUAACCGAACUUCGCUUUCACAAUCAGAGGCACAUGUUGGGCCACCAAGCUGAAAUGGAAAUAUCCAGGCUGUUGAAGGCCAAUGACACUCUCCUGAAGAUGGGCUACCAUUUUGAGCUUCCCGGGCCCAGAAUGGUGGUGACCAAUCUGCUCACCAGGAAUCAGGAUAAACAAAGGCAGAAAAGACAAGAAGAACAAAAACAGCAGCAACUCAAAGAGCAGAGGAAGUUAAUAGCCAUAUUGGAGAAUGGGUUGGGGCUGCCCCCUGGGAUGUGGGAGAGGUUGGGAGGACCGAUGACAGAUGCCCAAAUGCAGGAGUUCCUCCAGCCUCCUCCUCAACCUCCCCACCCCCAAGCAGUCCCCUUUAGUCGAAGAAACGAAAUGAUGAAAAAGCCAUCGCAGGCUCCGCAGUACAGGACCGACCCUGACUCCUUCCAGAUCGUGAAGCUAAAAAGAAUCCAGCGCAAAUCACGGAUGCCCGAAGCCAGAGAACCACCCGAAAAAACCAACCUCAAAGAUGUGAUCAGAACACUCAGACCGGUGCCGAGGAACAGGCCACCCCCGUUGGUGGAAAUCACUCCCAGAGAUCAGCUUUUGAAUGACAUUCGUCAGAGCAACGUCGCCUAUCUUAAACCUGUGCAACUGCCAAAAGAAUUGGAAUAAGGGGCAACAGAAUCAUCUAGAAGAACAAGAAAUUGAAAUAAUGACUCUUGGAUUAGAAUUUGGAGACUAUUUCAGCAGCAAUACUUUGGAUACAGGUGGCAGAACUGGCGACAGUGCUAACAUCUAACAGGGGUGUUUGUAGAGGCAGGAUGCUUGGGCAAUGAUGAAAUAGAGGCUGAAGAGGAAGGGGAAGGAGAUAAAAUAGUAGUAUUCAGAAGCAACAUUUUCUACUUGAAAUCAGUUUGAGUGACCUAGGUGAAAUUUAGAGUCAUUCUUCCAGAAGCAGAAAUUUAAAAAAUUUUUUUAGUAAACAUUCACUUUAUUAUUGCUUUCUUCUCAUAAAUGACAAUAAAUAUAACAGCAGUAUUAACUAUUAUAUCCCCAUUUUUCUCCUUCCAUCUCCUCUGCUGUCAUUCAUCACACAGUAUCUUAAUCUGAAAACUCGUGAAUUUGAGCUCACGAGUGAAGGGUGAAUUGAGCUCCUGGCCCUUCUGAUGCUUUGAAAUGGAAGAUUGCUAAUUAGCACUUCUUUGGAGAGUUGGUGGAGAUUUCCAGUUUCCAACCCUGCCUGGAUUUUUCCCUCAGAGACUCCACUGGUAUUUAGGGGUAUUAGCCUGAUAGGGGUAUUUGUGAGGAGCAGAACACAGAAGCCACAGGAUGUGGAGAAAACAAAGUGUCACCAGAAAAAGUAAUGGGAAAAGUAAACCCUAUAUAAUAAAAACUUUCUGGCCACCAGUUUCCAUAUAUAUAUAUACGGACAAUGGGAGACAGCAUGCUAUUUUUUGUAGAAAAAAAUUUUUUUUAUAAAUAAUGUAGUUAUUGACAAGCUUUCGGUUUUACCCAAAUAUCAAAUAUAUGUAUGUACAUAUAUAUAUGUGUAUACAUACACACACACACAUACAUAUAUAUUUUUAAGUUUAGUCUAUGAAUGUAAUUUGAUUUUGUUGCUCUUCUCAAAAAUCUUCAAAAGGAAACUCGAUUACAGGAUUAAACUUAAACUCUCCUUCCCCUAUUCUUCAAGACCAUCCAUUGCCUGGCCCCAGUUUACUAAUCCAGUCUUAUCUCCCACACAUCCUUCACACUCCUCUUGAUAAAACAUCCUGAGGCACACCCUUGUGUGCUUUUGCUGUCACUGAUCCUUCCAUAGAACACCCCCAAGAGACUUCCCUCCUGCUCUGCUUUUAUGAGAGUCCAGCCCAAUCUUCAAAGCCCCAGUCAGGUCCCUUCUCCUCUACAACGAACUUCCUGACAGCUCAAACCCAUGUUCUUUCCUCCUUCCAAGUUCUUAGAACCCUUAAUUAUCCGUCCUGAUCACUAGGUGCACAGAAUUUGAGAUUUUGUAAUAAUAGAAGUGGCAUGAACCCUAGAAAUUAGGAGAUCAAGCUUUGAUGCCCUUUCUCUCUUCCUUACUUGAGUGAACAAUUGACACCUGCCUUCUUUUAUGUAAUCAUAGGUGGCACAUGACAAGCAAAACAGGCUCAAAGAGAAUGGAUCUAAUAAGGACAAACUUAAAACAAUAUAUUAUUUGGCCUUCCAAGCCAUGGGAAAGAAGUAUCAUGUUUCUAUUUUUUAAACAUAAUUUAGUGUGUACAAAAGUAUCCAAAUUUAAAUAGUUAUACUUUUCAAUCAAGUAAUUUUAAACUAGCCAACAACUGAUAGCUUUGGUUUCUCCUCCUUUAAUAUUGCUAUAAAUGUCCUUGCAUACAAAGCAGGAUAGUUAAGAAAGGGCUUCAGUAAAUAAAACUUUUUAAGUGUCUAGCAUAUUCUAUAUCUAAGAGGCUAAACUCUGAUAGGACAAAGGACUGUAAACACAUUUGAAAGAUUAAUGUGUAUUAGUAGUUGAAAUUCUGGAAAGCCCUUAGGCAUUCAUUUGUAUAGCUGUAGUAUUAAUAAUCAGGAAUUUCAAAAAGUGCUAAAAGUCCUGAAAGAGGAUUUUAAUCCUAGAUGUGAAAAGAAAAGUUGAUCCAAUUUCAUAGCAUACUGCCUCAUUACACAGGUUUUGUCCAGAGUUGAAUCAGUUCAACUGAUGCUUUUUCUAUCCACCUCCUCCAACAACCAUGAAGAUCUUAGUUGAAAAUUUUAACUUGUUUUUAAAAUGUAAUAAUUUGAAAUGUAAUAAAAUGUAUUAAUUUACAAUAUUUAUUCGUUCUGUUUUUCUAUUAUUAUCCUUCCAGAAUUGACCACUGGCCUUGAGUAUUUACAAUGAGCAUCUUUUUUUAUUCAAGUCGUCACUUUCUCCAAAUAUAUUGCAUUUAAUCAGCAGAAUUCACCACAUAGAAAAUGGAAGAGGCUAAAAUAUGUAUAAAACCCAUGUCAGGUUUAGAAAAGGAUCCCACUGGAAUUCAAUUUUAUUCUGGCUGCAAAUUAAUAAAGUAUUAAAGUUUCAUUAAACAGUAUUUGAAACACAGGCUACAAGUGUUUGCUGUAUAGUUGUACAUCAUCAUGGUUUACAGGGUUGUUACUGAGUUCCUCACAUAUUUAACACAGAUGUGCAUUAAAUAAAGUCUCACACACUGAAAACCUUUGAUACAUUUUAUUCUUCAUAUUUGGGUAAGGGUACAGAUUCUAGAACAUAUCUGUGAAGUCAUGAUGGUAUCACUGCGCUAAAGAUGAGGCUGCAUGUUGGCUGAGAAACUAAAAUGCAAGAAAAAUCAGGAGCAGCAUACGCACUUGCUUCUUAUUCUAGGACAUACAGAGUUUCUCCAGUAAGUUCCGCUCCAAUUGUCUUCAGAAUUCAAUGUUAGGGAAACCAAAAUGUUUCCUACUUCAUCUAUGAAAUCACUUAAUUGUCAAACAAAACAUUUUUUAUAAUCUAUUUCUAAAUACAUGAGAAAUAAAGGGAUGAAAGUAACAGAAUAUAUAAACUCAUGCUGUUUUACUUCUAAUGUCUAUCUGUAAAAGCAUAUGGUUGUGACAAUUGCUAUGUAAAAUUUUUAUGAGCUGCAGAAGCUGGUGAUCCCUCCCACUUUCAUUCUCGUUUUUAAGUCUUUUUGCUUUGUCAUCUAAAGAUGCUUUUCAGAUUUCAAAAGAUCAGCUGUUAUUGUCCUCUCUGUGCCCCUAAGGAAUUUUAAAGUGCACAUUCAUUUCCUUCUUUCUAAAAGUUUCAGUUAAAAAAGAAACAUAGAAAAAAGUAUGGGAAACAUUAUCUUGGACACCUUUUUUUCGAUUAUAAUGACAAAAAAUGUGCAAUAUAAACAGAACUCAAGUGCUGUGGGUCAAAUGUGUCCUCUGAAAGUUCACGUGCUGGAAAUUUAAUCCCCACUGUAACAGUGUUAAGAGGGUGGGAAAUUCUGUUAUGAUAUUUGAAAGGUGGGGCCUUUGAGAAGUGAUUGGAUCACAAGGAUGGUGCCUUUGUGAGUGGAUUAAUUCAUUCAUAGAGUUAUCACGGGUGUGGACUGUUAGCUUUAUAAGGAGAACAUGAGACCUCCUGAGAUUUCCUCGCUAUGUGAUACCCUGCAUUGCUAGGGGACCCUGUAAAGAGUUCCCACCCAGAAGUAUUGCCCCUGAAUCUUGGACUUCCUAGACUCCAAAACUGUAAGAAAUAAAUUUUGUUUCUUUAUAAAUUA